AUGGCGGAAGAGGACGACGCAAGGAUACGGAUUCUACAGAGCCUGCGGGGGAAAAUUUGUGAAGCAAAGAACCUUGGUCCGGUCUCAGGCCCAAACCGACAAAGGGACCUUUGUACCUUUUGCACCAUCUGUCUGGAUCAAGAGGAGGUGUUCAGAACCAAGGUGUUUGAAAAAAGUGUCAGCCCUUUCUACGGUGAGGACUUCUACUUUGAGAUUCCACGGCCAUUUCAGUGUUUAUCAUUUUAUGUUUACGCCAAGAGUGUUUUCCAAAGGGAUUUACCAGUUGGCAAGGUGUCAAUUCGAAAAGAUGACUUGUGUAAAUAUAAAGGGAAGGAGCACUGGUUUAGCCUUCAGCUUGUGGACCCAAACUCAGAGGUUCAGGGCAAGGUUCAUCUGGAGAUGAGACUGAAUGAAGUGAUUUCAGAGAAUGGCUCAGUGGGUCAGCAUUUACUUGUGCAAAUAAUAGAGUGCCAGGGAUUGCCACUUAUUAGUGGGCAGAUCUGUGACCCGUAUGCCACAGUGUCACUCGUUGGACCAGCCAGAUCUGACCAAAAGAAAACAAAAGUCAAGAAGAAAACCAGCAACCCUCUUUUUGAAGAGACUUUCUUCUUUGAGAUUACACGGUCUAGCAGCUACUCCAAAAAGUCGCAUUUCCAAGUGGAGGAAGAAGACAUCGAAAAGCUAGAGAUCAAAGUUGAUCUGUGGAAUAAUGAAAAUCUGGCCCAAGAUGUGUUUUUGGGGGAAACACGGGUGCCUGUCAAGAUACUGCAAAAUAAUCACAUCCACAAAGCGUGGUAUCUUCUUCAACCUAAAGGGAACGGAAACAAGUCAAAAUCUGAUGAUUUGGGAUCCUUGCGUUUAAAGUUGGCCUACAUAGAAGACACAGUGCUGCCAUCUGCCUGCUACAUUCCAAUCUGCAACUUGCUGCUUAAAUCCCCUGACGUUAAGCCUAUCUCUGCCUCAGCAGCGCACAUCCUUGGGGACAUUUGCAGAGAGCGAUACGAGGCCGUUCUGCCCAUGGUUCGGUUGCUGUUGCAUCACAACCGCUUUUUGCCUUUUGUCUCUGCUGUGGCAGCGUUGGAGUUGGACAACACUCAGGAGGCUAACACUAUCUUCCGUGGCAACUCACUGGCAACACGCUGCAUUGAUGACAUGAUGAAGAUUGUGGGGAAAAAUUACCUUGCUGUUACCCUGAAGCCUGUUAUAGAUGAGAUCUGUGAAUCCAACAAAUCGUGUGAGAUUGACCCCAAUAAACUAAAAGAGGGAGAUAAUGUAGAGGUCAACAAGGAAAAUCUGCAGUUUUAUGUCCAAAAAGUCUUCUCAUCAAUCACCCAGUCUAAUGCCAACUGCCCUCCAUCAAUGUGUGCUGUCUUCAGGUCACUGAGACACUUGGCCUGCAAGCGUUUUACAGAUGAUCCUCAUGUCCAGUACUCGGCCGUGAGCAGCUUUGUGUUCUUGCGCUUCUUUGCUGUGGCUGUUCUUUAUCCACAUUCUUUCCAGCUACGCUCGCAUCAUCCUGAUCCUGAGAUAUCCCGCACACUCACUCUCAUUUCAAAGACUAUCCAGACUUUAGGCAGCUGGGGUAGUUUGUCCAAAAAACUGUCUAGUUUCAAAGAAUCAUACAUGUUUGAUUUCUUCAAAUCAUUCCAAGAAGACAAGUGUAUUGAAAAAGUAAAAAAGUUCCUCGAUGAAAUAUCUUCAAAUGUCAGCAAAGUGUCGAGUGGUUUAGAGGAUGCGGUGAUUCUGAAGGAGGGGGAAGUACAGAAGCGGGCCCAGGGGAGAAAACGCCUUGGAAAGAAAAGCUUCAAAAAGAGAUGGCUUCGAGUGACGAACAGAGAGCUGUCCUUCCACAAACAUAAAGGAAAAGAGGUCUGCAUCAUCGAUGUGAAAAAUAUCCAGGCAGUGGAAAAACUUGAUGAAAGUGCCUUUAACCGUAAAAAUAUGUUUCAGGUGGUUCAUGCAGAGAAGCAGCUGUAUGUGCAGGCAGGAAAUUGCGUAGAAGCCUGCGAGUGGCUAGAUGUCCUGGGCCAAGUCACUCGUUGUAAUGAUGGCCGUUUGGCCACUUUUCAUCCAUCCAACUACAGCGGCGGAUCCUGGCAGUGCUGUAAAAGCCAAAGUAGCAGCUCGCCAGGCUGCAAGCCCUGCACCAUACCCAUGCAGGCCAACUUGCAGCUAGACAUUGACUGUGAUCGGGAAACAGAAAGGAUUUUCUCCCUUCUCUCUGCGAAUGACACCAAGCUGCAAAACAUGGAGGAUGCAUGUGCCAGUAUGGCAGUAUACCAGGGUCCCCAACGAGAGCAGGAGGAAUACUCCAAGUUCACCAUUCAGGAACCCAAAGAGACCUUUCAGACCCUCAAACAGCUCCGAAACGUCAUGGUGGAGCUUCAAAGGCAGCAUGAGCUCCGAAGUGACACGACUGCACAGUAUGGCAGUUUGGACAACCCAAUAGUUGGGAAAACUUCCUAA